AGUUAAAUGAUGUCUUGCAGAGCAGCUAACAGGAAGUCACUGGCAAUGUGGCUCACUUGUUCUUGCUUUUGAGAUUCAGCAACUGCUCCAGAGAGGUGUCUCCUGUGUAAAACCCCAGGCUCCUGUACAAUGUACCAGUCCAGCCUGGUGCCACGGGAAUAUUACCCAGCCGUGAUGCCACCUUGUGCCUACACCUACCCACCGCUGCGGCCUGGGAGAGCAGAAGACGUGUCCCGCUCUGUGAUGUUCCCUCCCAUCCGCAUGCACAACUUCUACAGCCGCCCCAUCACCUUUGUGGUGGACCGGAGCAGCUACCCUGACUAUGUGGGAGGUCAGGUGGAGUAUCAUCAUCUCUAUGGAGCUUCCAAUCCCUAUAUCCAUCCAUACCACACCUGGCACUUCCCUCCCAUGGUCCCUAUCCCUCUCUACAAUCCCUAUGCAAACUACCAUCCCUAUGCUGCCUACCGGAGGUCAGAUCAGUAUCGAGACACGUGGCCUGAAGGCUUCACAAUGAGAGGAGAGCUUCAAUGGGGAAAGCUUGGAAAGGUGUUUGGGCCAAAGAAAGACCUCCCAGAAUUUGUGAAGGAUGAUCUCCGGAGGGUUUAUGGCACCUACCCCCGGACCAAUGUCUCCAUAUCUUAUCGGAAAGGAGAGUUCUUGGUGAAGGGGGACCCCAAGAUAGAAGACCAGGAAUAUACAGUGGAGAAGGUCACCCAGCGGGCUGUGACCCCCAGUGCCAGUGAGGCAGAUGACAGCAGUGAGGACCGGAACCGUAAGAAGAAAAAGAAACUGAGACAUUGAGGUAAUCAGAUACCCAGUGGACUGAUGCUCCAGUACCCUCAUGGGAGCCAGUUGGCAGCUCUUUUUGGUGUGGUUGGCAACUAACACAAGCAAUAGAUGCCACCAUUCCUGUUGAUUUCUUUUAAUUGCUCCCCAUUCUCUACAAUCUUGUGGCAGAUUUACCCUUUUUGAUGCACAAUGUCCAUUCUGUGAAGAAAUCACAUGACACUUGACUCUUGGAUCAGUUCAUUGGUCCUGGUUUUGAAGUGAACAUUUGAUUAACACUGGCUUGAGUGACUGGUCACAGCUUGGUGGGGGAUCUCCAAACUGCAGCCCUUGAUCAGAGAAGAUGGGCCUCUUCCUACCUUGUCCAGGGGAGGAGCCUGUAAGCUCGUUCUCUUCCUGGAGAGAUAAAAGCUGAAUUUCCUCCAGGCUGAGGGCAGUGCAGGUCCCAGAGAACAUGGGGGUUCUUGAACACUCUGAAGAGCGAUUGUCUGCCUGUCUUGUCACUGCUGUUUAUGACCAUAUCAUUGUGCUUUAUCACCACGUGAGGCCUGUAUGCAGCACUUCCCCACACUGUGGUGUCCCCAUCCUCUUACACUUGAUAACGUGGUGCUCAGUAUUCUUGGCCACAUGUCCUUAUUGAAACUGCUGUUGAGGCCUUGCUCUGGGUCUGACUUGGCUCUAGUUGGAGGUUCUGACUCUCCAAUGAGGUUACUGGAGUUGUGUGAAUAACUGAACUCCCAUAGCUUGGUGGUUGUACUGGAAGAGCUGUGCUGGAAGCCUGGAGAGCUCUGAGGGGCUGGGUGAGACUUACUUGCAAACUGCUGUACCUUUUUAAAUUAUUAUAAACAAUAAAAAAAAGACCCAAAUGCAAA